CACUCCCAUUCCUCAACAGAGGACGGUCCUCCACCUGCGAAAGAUUUCACUUCAUACGUAUCAACACAGGCCAAGGGGUUUGUCUCCACAAGGCGAGCUUUUAGAUCUGAGCCAACGCCAAAGCAGAAAGCUUCCAGCUCGACGCGUUCUGGAGUUUCACCUUCUCGGCGUCUGUCCACAGGACUGAUGUUUCUUCACACCUCCGCUUCGAGAAAUCUGCUUUUGGGAGUCAGAGUUUCAUGAAACUAAACUAUGAUCUGUGGCUGCGUUGAGGAAUGUCUCCUGUAUUUUUGUGUGACACAAGAACAUCCAAACGCCCACGACUUGGUCAGGAAGAAAGCGGUACUCCUAUUUGGAUUAUGUGUUUGACCAAUGUAAACAUAUGGAAGAAAUAAAAAAGUGAGCACAUGGGAAAACCACCAGGAAUGAAUCGCUUCUUUAUUAAGGUUUUGGCAGCUUUAUUUACAUAUUUCAUGGAGACAAACAACUUCAGAGUUGUGGAUGCCAAGGAGCACGAUUCCAGAUCAUCCUCCAACAUGUCUCCAUCAGACUUUCUGGACUCACUCAUGGGUCGCACGUCCGGGUAUGAUGCACGAAUAAGACCAAAUUUUAAAGGUCCCCCUGUAAACGUUACAUGCAAUAUUUUUAUCAACAGUUUCGGCUCUGUCACAGAGACAACUAUGGAUUACAGAGUGAACAUCUUCCUGCGGCAGAAGUGGAAUGACCCUCGGCUGGCGUAUAGUAAAUACCCAGAUUCCUCCCUCGACCUGGACCCGUCCAUGUUGGACUCCAUAUGGAAGCCCGACCUCUUCUUUGCCAAUGAGAAAGGAGCCAACUUUCAUGAUGUCACCACAGACAACAAGCUGCUGCGGAUCUUCAAGGAUGGGACUGUCCUUUAUAGUAUCAGGUUGACUCUCAUUCUGUCCUGCCCAAUGGACCUGAAGAACUUUCCGAUGGAUGUCCAAACUUGUACGAUGCAACUGGAAAGUUUUGGCUACACCAUGAAUGACUUGAUCUUCGAGUGGCUGGAGAACGGUGCAGUGCAGGUGUCAGACGGGCUCACGCUGCCUCAAUUCAUUAUGAGGGAAGAGAAAGAGCUGGGUUACUGUACAAAACACUACAACACCGGUAAAUUCACCUGUAUAGAAGUUAAAUUUCAUCUGGAGCGACAGAUGGGAUACUACCUGAUCCAGAUGUACAUUCCUUCCCUCCUCAUUGUCAUCCUCUCAUGGGUGUCUUUUUGGAUCAAUAUGGAUGCUGCUCCUGCCAGAGUGGCACUUGGCAUCACCACUGUGCUUACAAUGACGACCCAAAGCUCCGGCUCCAGAGCUUCUCUUCCAAAGGUCUCUUACGUGAAAGCCAUUGAUAUCUGGAUGGCUGUGUGUCUGCUCUUUGUAUUUGCUGCAUUGCUAGAAUAUGCUGGGGUUAAUUUUGUCUCCAGGCAACAGAAAGAGUUCCUUCGCCUGAGGCGAAGACAAAGAAGGAAUCACAAGGAUGAUGAUAUGCGUGAAGGCCGCUUUAAUUUUGCUGGCUACAAUAUGAGUCAGUGUCUGCCAACGAAGGAUGGCUCAGCUGUUAAGAACGCUGCUCCAGCGCCGAACCCUCAACCAUCAGUCCCCAAGGACAUAGAUACCAUGAGGAAGAAGUUUGUGGAUAGAGCCAAGAGGAUAGACACUAUUUCCAGGGCUGCCUUUCCUCUGGCGUUCCUCAUUUUCAACGUCUUCUACUGGGUUACCUACAAGAUCAUCAGGUAUGAGGACAUCCACCAAAAGUAAAGGCUUUACCCCUGACAAACAACAUUUAUUUUUCAUUUCUCAGAUUGAGAAAUGCUUGGAAAGCACAGUGAGAUGAGAUGGGUGGCUGUGCAUUGAGAGGCAUCAUGGUGAUGAUGGUGGUGUUCUUUCAGGAAUAAUGUAUAAUGUUCAUGCAUCAAACAGUAAUGCUCAUGUUCUGAUAACGUGAACAGCUCUUGAGACACAGAUGCUUUUUUGUUGUUGUUGUACUGCUGCAUAACAUUUCCUGACAAAUCUGGAAAAAUGGUUUUAACUCAAGGCGUAGUAACAUGCUGGAGAAGACGGACCAAAUUUGUUUUAAAUCAAUUCUGCCUUGGCAUCUGUACAACCAAGGAACAAAUUAACAUUCCAUGGAUUUGUAACUGUAAGAUAGCUUAGCCAGACCCUCGAAGACUUUUUGUGAUUGCAAAAAGGGUAUUUCUUAUCAAGGAUGUUUAGGACUGUUUUAUAUGGUACUAUUGUCAUGAUACUUCCUCUCAGUUUAUACAAAAUACAGCAGCAAACUUCUAAAUUAAACAGGCAGAAAGCACAUACUGAUGCAUCCUCCAGACAUUAGGCAGAAGCAUACAUUUCAGGCAUGAGCGCGAACAAAGGAGAUGAAAAUCUGGAAUCGGGAAUUGGAUACUGCAUUUUUAUGAACUACCUGAGGCCUUAGAUAUCAAAGAUCUGGUGAGAUGAAGUGCUGUGCUUCUCUGUUUUUUCAAGCAUCUCCUCUUGUUUAGUGGUCUAUCAGAGCCAAUGCACCGUUUGAGCUUUUCUACCUGUGGCCAGACAUCCAAAGGUAUUUCUUGUUGUUUGUAUGUGUAUUAUAAAUCAUAUUCAUGGACAACUGAUGUCACUUAAAAUCAAUGUAAGUUUAUUCAGAUGUUAUAAAAGUCUCAAAUUUUCCUUUUAAUUCUAAAAUAAUUUAUUAAACAAACUGUCAUAUAUUUCAAAGGCUAGGUUCAUAAAAGUAAAAUGGUAAGUUUUGAGCAAGUGUAUAGGUAAGCCUACAGACUGUGAACAUACACUGCAUUACUCAAUGUUGUCAUAUCCACAUGAAUUCAUUUAUAUUCCAGGUAAAUACUCCAGGUAUCUUAGAUAUGGUUUUAGAGUUUGAGACUAUGUUUUUGUAGAUUUAGUCUGAUGAAAUAUUUAUUGUAAUGGAGGAAAGGUUAUGUUUAUUUAAAAAUAUAUCUUUCUGUAUACUUCUUCAACCUAUGCUGUGGACCCUUCACUUGGCGUGUCCAUUGCUGGAUGGUGACGUAUGUUUGUAGAUGGAUUCAACAGUAAAGGACAGAUCUGCAACAUACAUGGUACAGAGCAGCUAAUGGUCCUUGCACUCUUGAUAUACUGUGGUGAAGAACUCCUUUCUUGAAUGCUAUUCCUGAAAAAGGUUAUUUACUGGCCUGUACAUCAAUAAAAUUGACUGUGCACCACCAUAUUUACUGUA